AGAACUUAUUUUGUUGGCACAAUUAAAACGGGGCUAAAGCGCUGAAAAAAGUCAGUGCCCGGAUUUGGAAUAGAGCUCGACUGGACGCAAUCGAACGAUGGGCUCGAGCCACAGCAUCCACGUUCCCGGUGGCGGCACCGAAGGUUACCACGUACUCAAAGUGCAGGACAACUCGCCGGGUCAAAAGGCCGGACUGGAGGCCUUCUUCGACUUCAUCGUGGCCAUUGCCGGAACGCGUCUGGAUCAGGACAACGAUAUGCUGAAGGAGCUACUGCGCCAGAAUGUGGACAAGCCGGUGCGCCUGACCGUUUAUUCCAGCAAGACGCAGGCGGUCCGCGAACUGACGCUCACGCCGAGCAACAGCUGGGGCGGCCAGGGACUGCUGGGCGUGAGCAUUCGGUUCUGCUCCUUCGAGGGCGCCAACGAGAGCGUCUGGCACAUCCUGGAAGUGCAUCCCAAUUCGCCAGCCGAGCUGGCCGGUUUGCGCGCCUACAGCGACUAUGUAAUCGGGGCCGAUGCCAUUCGCCACGAGAACGACGACCUGUUUACCCUGAUUGAAACGCACGAGCAGCAGCCCCUAAAGAUGUAUGUCUACAAUCUGGACGAUGAUGCCUGCCGCGAGGUCACCAUCAAACCGAAUACCGCCUGGGGAGGCGAGGGCGCGCUGGGCUGUGGCAUUGGCUUCGGCUAUCUGCAUCGCAUUCCCGUGCAGGCAGAUCCGGCAGCCUCUCCCUCUGCUGCCGCCGAGGCCUCUGUUCCGCUGCUCACUGCCGGCGGAGCAGCUCCAGCUGUAGCUACUGCGGGAGCCUCUGUGGUUGCACCAACAUUGCCUUACAUACCACCGCUGGCCAACACCUUUGGCUCCACGAACGCCGAGGUCAGGCCACCCACCAUUGAGCCGCCGGCACAGAGCUUGUUCAAGACCUACUUUAAUCCCGAUGAAGCCACCGAUGCUCUCACCGCAGCGCUGGAAACGCAGGCCAAUAUCGCCGAGCCUGUGGCUCCAGUUGCUGAAGAGACUGUGCCGCAGGUUCAGGUUCCCGCACCAGCCAACAUCUUUAUACCCGGCGUUUAUGAUCCCAGUGCGCAGCAGAGCGCCACUUUGGGUGGCAUACCCGCCGCCCAGCUGCCAUUCCCGCAGGCUACGGCUGCGCCGGCACCACCGGCGGCUGUGCCCAUGUUCUCGGCACCGCAGCAGGCUUACAUGUCGGCACCAGCUGUCCUCUCCUAUCCGGCAGGUGCCCAAACGGUGCCCUCGUAUCCACAGGUGCAGCCCUCGAUGGGCGGACUGUUUCCCACGCAGCCAACGCCGUUGCCGCCACAAAUGGCCCAUGUGUUCGCUGCGCCACCAGUUCAACAACCAGCAGCAGCACCAGCACCACCACCAGAAAACGAACCAUCGGGAGCGGCAGUCAACCAGACCGGCAACUAAGACUUCAACUGCUUCACCUGGACAAAUUGUCGCUAAGCUUUUAUGUGUAUGUUCGAGAAUCAUCUUCUGAUUGUUUUGUAUGGAUUAUUGGCCAGGGAGCUGCAUGCAAAAAUAUGUACAUUGCAUUCAUAAUAAUAAUCUAAAUUAAUUAAUAUAAUAAAUAAAUAAAAACUUAUAUGUA